AUGAGCUACUCUCUCUACGACGCCACCAUCCCUCUGGCCCAGAACGCCCUCAAGGCGCUCACCAACAUCCUCAAGCUGGGCGAGGCUGCUCCCAACGGUGCCAGCCUCCUGUCCGCCCGCAUCCACCCCGACAUGCUGCCUCUGACCUUCCAGGUCAAGAUGGUCACCGACACCACGACCAAGCUCGCUGCCCGUCUGACCGGCACCGAGCCUCACGCCUGGGAGGGCGAAAUCGAGACGUACGCCGACUGCUACGCCCGCAUCGCCAAGGCUGAGGAGAUCCUCGCUGCUGCCAGCAAGGACGUCGUCAACCAGCGCCAGAACGAGCUUGUUAACGUCGGCAUGGGCUCUUUGGGCACUUUCGCCAUGACCGGCGGCAACUACGCCAACGGAUAUGUUCUUCCCAACAUCUUCUUCCACCUCUCCACCGCCUACAACAUUCUGCGCAAGGAGGGCGUGCCCCUGGGCAAGAAGGACUACCUCACGCCCUUCAUCGGCGACUUCCUCACCAACAAGGUCUAA